GGAUGAAUGGUGGUGAAUAGGGAAGGAUGAUCCCAAGGUGUGAAAGUUCGUCAAGCGACGAGGCAUCGUCGAGGACAAGCGGAGAAGCAGGAGAAGAAGAGGGAGGAGGAUCAAAGGUGGCGAUGAUGAAGAAAGGGCCGUGGACAGCGGAAGAGGAUGCAAUCCUAAUAGAGUAUGUAAGGAAGCAUGGAGAGGGAAAUUGGAAUGCUGUACAAAAUAAUUCGAGGUUGUCUAGGUGCGGCAAGAGUUGUAGGCUCCGAUGGGCUAAUCAUCUAAGGCCUAAUCUCAAGAAAGGCUCUUUUACCCCCGAGGAGGAACACCUUAUUCUCUACCUUCAUGCCAGGCUUGGCAACAAAUGGGCUCGCAUGGCUUCUCAGCUUCCUGGUCGAACAGACAAUGAGAUAAAGAACUACUGGAACACAAGAAGCAAGAGACGCCAACGAGCCGGCUUGCCUCUCUACCCACAAGACAUCCAAAAGGAGGGGGAUACUCUCCUUCAUCUUCGCCGACACCAUCGCCUCCGCCACCACCUUCCUUCUUCUCCCUCUCUCCUCUCUUUCCUCUCAUCUCCUCUUCCCCGCCAAAACCCCAUCAUACAUCCUUCUUUCUCCCUCUUCCAUCCCCACAUCAACCUUCCAACCAUGCCUAAUACUAACCUCCUUGUCGAUAACUCAAACGCUAGGCAGUUCGGGCAAAGCCUCCUUCUCCCUUCUUCAUUCCAAUUCAAUUCUAGUAGCAUCGACAUCAAUCCAACAACUUCAGCAAUGAUGAUAACAACUUCACGGAUGAACGCAGAGCUCCCUUCAUCCCAAACACCCGCCACUUCUUCAUCCCCCGCAAUGACUAGUGACUACGUAAUUGUUGCUGCCACGUCGAGUGAGACGAACGAUGGUGGCGUUUGCUCCUCAUUGUCGACGCAGUGUGGGAGUGGUUUGUUGGAUGAUCUAGUAGAGGAGGCUAGAAGUUUGAUGCGAAAUGAGAAGUCAAACGAGGUUGUGGAUAAAGGGAAAGGGGUUCUAAGUGUGGUGACUAUGGAGCCUAAAGGAUGGACCCAAAAACUUGAACCCAUCUUCAGGGACAACGGUGAUGAUUCUUUUUUUGAUAACCCAUUGGAUGAUUCAAGCUCUGCUCCAUCCUCCAUUAGGGUGGAACCGAAGAAUGCACUAGUAGAGGAAAUGAAUUCCAUGGAUGAUGAGUACUUGCUGAGCCUACUGAAUUUCUCAUCAAUUGCUCCGAUUCCUGAAUGGGGAGAUCUUUCAAAUGAGCAAUGUUGAAAGAUCAAAACUAUUGGAAAUGCAGGGUUUGAACCUCAACGAGAAGCUCCGCCGUCACCGCUGCCAAGAAUUGCCACUAAGGAUGAGCAAGAUUGGAAUUAGAACCUCUACAGCUGCAAUAACUUACCAAGAAAUGCAUGUCACCAAAGAGACUAAAUAUUAGAUAUAGGAGUUUAGCUUAGCCUAGCUUUUCUUGCCACCAUAGAGUCUAAUUAGCAAUUACGAACUAUUUUAUCCCUCCUUUUAGUUUUAAUGAGUUAUAAUCGUUUUCUUUUCCGUUUU